CCGAGCCCCAGCCGGCCGCCGCCACCAGCGCCGCUCAGACCGAGCGCAGCCAUGGCCCGAGCCCCUGCCCUGGCCCUGCUCCUGCUCGGGCAGCUCCUGGCCGGGACGCCCGUGACCGAGGCGCAGAAAAUGGGCCCCAGAGGCCCCCCGGGCCCCCAAGGGCCACCUGGGAAGCCAGGCAAGGACGGCAUCGAUGGAGAAGCUGGCCCUCCCGGCCUGCCUGGGCCCCCGGGGCCGAAAGGGGCUGCGGGGAAGCCGGGGAAGCCAGGAGAGGCCGGGCUGCCGGGGCUGCCGGGCGUGGACGGUCUGACCGGGAGGGAAGGACCGCCUGGAUCCAAGGGCGCCCCCGGAGAACGGGGCAGUCUGGGCCCCCCAGGGCCCCCCGGGCUUGGGGGCAAAGGCCUCCCCGGACCCCCCGGAGAGGCAGGAGUCAGCGGGCUCCCAGGCGGACUCGGCCUCCGGGGCCCCCCGGGACCCUCUGGACUCCCAGGCCUGCCUGGCCCCCCGGGCCCUCCAGGACCCCCUGGCCACCCAGGGGUCCUCCCCGAAGGCGCGACGGAUCUCCAGUGCCCGGCCGUCUGCCCGCCGGGGCCCCCUGGUCCCCCGGGGAUGCCAGGGUUCAAGGGACCCACUGGCUACAAAGGGGAGCAAGGAGAAGUCGGCAAGGACGGCGAGAAGGGUGACCCCGGCCCCCCCGGGGCCCCCGGGCUCCCCGGCACAGUGGGGCUGCAGGGCCCUCGGGGCCUCCGAGGACUGCCAGGGCCGCUUGGGCCGCCCGGGGACCGGGGUCCCAUCGGGUUCCGAGGACCCCCCGGGAUCCCAGGAAGCCCCGGGAAAGCGGGCGACAGAGGCGAGAGGGGCCCCGAUGGGUUCCGCGGCCCCAAGGGCGACCUCGGACGACCAGGGCCCAAGGGAGCCCCUGGAGUGACCGGGCCGGCCGGAGAGCCGGGCAUGCCGGGCAAGGACGGCCGGAAUGGCGUGCCGGGACUGGAUGGCGAGAAGGGAGAGGCCGGUCGCCAUGGAGCCCCCGGAGAGAAGGGUCCCAACGGGCUGCCGGGCCUCCCCGGACGAGCAGGCUCCAAGGGUGAGAAAGGAGAACUGGGCCGAGCUGGAGAGCUGGGCGAGGCCGGCCCCUUGGGGGAGCCCGGCAUCCCGGGAGACGUGGGCAUGCCCGGGGAGCGCGGCGAGGCUGGCCACAGGGGCUCGGCGGGGGCUCUCGGCCCGCAAGGCCCUCCCGGGAACCCUGGCGUCCGAGGCUUCCAGGGCUCGAAGGGCAGCAUCGGGGACCCUGGCCUGCCAGGCGCCCAGGGCCUCCGUGGCGGUGUGGGCGACCGGGGCCCGGAAGGAGCCACGGGCCCUAAGGGCGACCAGGGCAUCGCCGGUUUCGACGGUCUUCCCGGGGACAAGGGCGAGCCGGGACCCAGCGGCCCCGUGGGGUCCAAAGGAGAGCCCGGCAGUCGAGGGGAGCUGGGCCCGAAAGGCAUCCAGGGCCCCAACGGCACCGGCGGCGUCGACGGCGUGCCGGGCCCGCCCGGGCCCGUGGGCAUCCAGGGCGUCCAAGGCGUGCCUGGCAUCACCGGGAAGCCUGGGGUCCCGGGGAAGGAGGCCAGCGAGCAGCGCAUCCGGGAGCUGUGCGGCGGCAUGGUCAGCGAACAAAUCGCACAGCUGGCCGCUCACCUGAGGAAGCCGCUGGCGCCGGGAGCCAUCGGUCGGCCCGGACCUGCAGGCCCCCCAGGCCCCCCCGGGCCCCCAGGUUCCAUUGGUCACCCUGGCGCCCGGGGGCCCCCCGGAUAUCGUGGUCCCACCGGAGAGCUGGGAGACCCCGGGCCCAGAGGAACCCCGGGCGACAGAGGAGACAAGGGCGCGGCCGGCGCGGGGCUGGACGGGCCCGAGGGAGACCAGGGGCUGCCAGGGCCGCAAGGCGUGCCUGGCGUUGGCAAAGACGGCCAAGACGGGGCCCACGGCGAGCCCGGGCCGCCCGGAGACCCCGGCCUCCCCGGCGCUGUGGGUGCGCAGGGGACCCCCGGCAUCUGUGACACCUCAGCCUGCCAAGGAGCCGUGAUGGCCGGGGGCGGGGAGAAGUCCGGUCCCAGAAGCUCCUGAAGCACGAUGCAGGCGUGAGCGUGACGCCCACCAAAGCGGCGGGCUCCUGGGGGGCGGUGGGGCUCGGCAGCACCCGGUGCCGCGGCAAGGACGCCACGCCGUGCUGCCGUCCAGCUUGGCCUCGCUGGCCCGCCCCCGGCCCCCACCCCCAUCCUCAGCGGCAGCACCUGGACACCUAUGCCAGAGGGUCCUUCCCCAGGUGCCGGAAAGGUGGUCUCCUCGUGUGUUCACUGCGGCCCAGCCUAUGGGGACCUCGAACCUCGGACAGGGGUGCCUCGCGGCCACACCGGGAGGGCCUGGGCGCACACCCAGCACGCACACCCAGUGCGCACCAGGGCCGGAGAGAAAGCUCAGCGUCACACGGCGCGGGUGCAACACCAGGUGCGGCCCCAGUGAAAUGACAACAUGGGCCCCAGAGUCACGGCCACCCACCUGGCAACAACGGGGGUAAAGGGCUCCCACCGGGCCGCGCCCUCCACGCCACGGCCGCCCGCCGUCCCCGACCAGCAGCGUCCGUGGGAGCCG